AUGGAUUUAAUUGACGAUCGCGCCAUCCUUGAUGAGGAGGACGAAGACGAUGAAUCGUUUGAUGAGGACACUGGUGAAGUGAGGAAAACGUCAAAUGGAACGAAUGGCCAUUUUGAUGAUUCAUCUGACGAGGAAGAAGACGACGAUGACGAAGAGGCUGCAGCUGAGGUCGCGAAAGGGUUCAUUGUCGAUGAGGACGAGGAUGAAGAAGAGGCUCGAAGGGAGCGGAGACGCGAACGCAAGAAACGCCGCCGAGAAGAACGUGAAGACGAAGGCCUCGACGAGGAAGACUUAGAAUUGAUCGGCUUGAAACCUGCGGAAGAAGUGCCGGAGCCUAAGUUCAAGCGGUUGAAACGAGGCCCUCGUGAAGAUCGAGAUGCAACACAACCAUCCGGGGUCAAUGACAUCUUCGGACAGUCAGAUGAGGAAGAUGAGACCGCUGACUACAAUCGUCGAAGUCGACCAGACCGUCGUGGACUGCAGGAUGAGUUUGAUGAUUUUAUUGAAGAGGACGUCUUCUCCGACGAGGAGCAACAGCGUCAGCGUGAGGAUGAGGAAGUUGCACGACCUAAUCGGAGAGGCCUUCCAGAUCUAGGAAUCGCAGACGUCGCCGGUCUCGACGAGGGUGCGCUAGAAGACUUCCGUGCGGCCUUUGGCGAUGGAACCGACUAUGACUUCGCCCUCGAAAAGGAAGACGAGGCCGACGAAGAGGAGGCAACCAAAGAUAAGCAUCUCGAUCUCAAAGAUGUUUUCGAGCCUUCGCAACUGGCAGAAAAAAUGUUGACAGAUGAAGACAACACGAUCAAGUACGCCGACGAACCAGAAAGACAUCAGCUUGCGAGGAAACCAUAUCGCCAUGUCGAGUUGACCGAGGAUGAGUUCAAAGAGGAAGCAGCCUGGAUAUCCAAACUGAUGCUCCCAACAAAGAACUUCUCCUCAGAUCUGCACGAGCCUUUUCGACGUGCAAUUGCGCAUGUCUUGGAGUUUUUAGUGCGAGAUGACUACGAGGUUCCCUUUAUAUUUCAGAAUCGCAAAGAUUACCUCCUUCACGUCGUGCAGAAGGUUGUAGGUCGAGAUGAAGACGGGAAUCCGCGAACCGUUGCCGAUGCUACCAGACUCCUUGUUCAGCGUGACUUAUGGCAGAUCUUUGAGCAUGAUCUCAAAUACCGUGCUCUGAUUGAAAAGCGACAAGCUUUACAGAAGACAUACCAGGAUUUGAGAGCGGCCAAUGUUCCUGAGGAUAAAACAUUCCAGCAGAUGCUACCACUCGCUGCCACGAUGGAAGAACUUCAAGACCUGCAGGACUACCUCUACUUUGAAUAUGCGUCUCAGCUCAAAGACCUAGCUUUGACCUCGAAUGGAGAGUCCAAUGGAGUCAACAUGUCUCAAAAGAAAGCCUCCACAAAGACCAUUUACGAAGAGAUUCGCACCUCGAAGGCUUUUGGUCUCGUCCGUGCAUUUGGCAUAUCCGCAGACGCAUUCGCACAGAAUGUUGCCAGGGAAGGCGUUCGGAUUUAUACAGAAGACCCCGCCGACGGUCCGGAACAGAUGGCAGAUACGCUUACCGACGAAGAAUUUCCCACCACUUCUCGAGUAAUGAAAGCAGCAAAGUCCAUGUUCAUCGAAGAGUUUGUCAUGAGCCCAAGAUUCCGAGGCUUCAUCAGGAAAAGCAUCUACGCCGAAGGAGUCAUUGACUGCCACCGCACUGAUAAAGGUCUCCGGAAGAUUGACGAACAACAUCCAUACUACGAAUUCAAAUACCUCAGAAACCAGGAAUUUGCCGCUUUCUGGUCGAGGCCCGAUCUAUUCUUGAAGAUGUUGAAAGCAGAAGAAGAAGGUCUGGUGAAUGUGGACGUCCGAUUCAAAAACGCCGAGGCGUUCAAAAAGCAAUUGUACAAACAUAUCGAAACCGACAACUACUCUACUGCCGCGGAUGCCUGGAACGCUGAGCGCCGCGAUGUUGUGUCCAUUGCAGUAGACAAGGUGAUGAAGUUGAUGGGUCGCCUUGUCAAAGAAAAUCUCAAGGAACAGUGUGAGAAUGUUAUCGGAACCGAAUGCCGCGAGGAAUUUACGACACGACUGGACCAGUCCCCGUAUCAGCCCCGGGGCAUGAAAAAAGGUACCACGCCCCGAGUACUCACACUAUCUAAUGGAGGUGGUGUACCUGGGCGUGAUCCUAUCUACUGGUCAUAUGUGUCGGACGACGGCAGAGUCCUUGAGCAUGGACGUUUCAAAGAGCUUGGCCCGGGGGACCGAGAACGCGGCAUUCCUGAUGGGAAAGAUGUGGAAGCACUUAUAGAUGUUAUACGCCGAAGAGAACCUGAGGUCAUCGGAAUUUCAGGCUGGACCCCCGACACCCGAAAAUUACUUGACAAUAUUACAACCGUGGUCAAGAACCAUGAUCUGCGAGGCCCUACCUUUGCAGAUGAUGACGACCGAGACCGAACCGAGCUGUUGGAGGUUAUUCUCGUCAAUGAUGAGGUCGCGCGUAUGUAUCAAUCGAGUGAUCGCGGCAAGUCGGACCAUCCAGGACUUCCCCCUCUGGCGUUAUAUUGCGUGGCUCUUGCCAAGUACAUGCAAGACCCGCUCAAGGAAUAUGCUGCGCUCGGCCGAGACCUAAUCUCCCUCAGCUUUCACCCUGCACAAAAUCUUUUACCCCAGGAGAAGCUCUUAAGCAAGCUAGAUAUGGCUCUAGUCGAUAUCGUCAACAUGGUCGGAGUGGACAUCAAUGAAGCUGCGAGUGACUCUUCGGUGGCAAACCUGCUGCCGUACGUUGCUGGCCUUGGACCAAGAAAGGCUUCGCACGUGCUGAAGGUUAUACACCUGAACGGCGGGUAUGUCAGCACUCGUGAAGACCUUUUGGGGGUAAAUGAUAAUCACCCUGCCAUGGGAUUCAAAGUUUGGAGCAACGCCGCCUCGACACUUCACAUCCACUUCGAUAUGCAAGAGCCCCAGGCCGAGUAUUUGGAUGCAACCCGUGUUCACCCCGAAGAUUACGACAUAGCACGCAAGAUGGCUGCCGAUGCGCUUGAGCUUGAUGAAGAAGAUAUCGAAGCUGAGCGGAGCGAAGGCGGGCCCGGCGCCAUAGUUCGACGAUUGAUCCGCGAGGAGGCACAAGAGCGUGUCAACGACCUUGUUCUAGAAGAGUAUGCGGAGCAAUUGGAGAAGAACCUCAAUUCAAAGAAGCGUACGACGCUGGAGAACAUCCGAGCAGAACUUAACGAACCAUACGAGGAACUACGAAACCCUUUCCGCAGCGCUUUGGGCGAAUCAGAAAUUUUCACAAUGCUGACUGGUGAAACGAAAGAAUCUCUGCAGAAGGGAAUGAAUGUGCCUAUCUCACUGAAGCGCAUCAGUGACCUCCACGUUGAGGGCAAACUAGACUGCGGCUUAGACGCCGUCGUCGAGGAUGGUCAAUGGGCGGACAGCGGAGUCUCACCCAAACAACUGUACACCAUCCAUCAAACAGUGCAGGCACAUAUCACAUCGAUUAAUCGGAAAGAUUUUGUGGUGACAGUCAGUCUGAGAGAAGAUCAACUCAAGAGACCAUUUAAGAGGUACAGCCAGAGCGAUCGGGGCUACAAUGAAUGGGACGACCGUGAAGAAGCAGCAGACAAGAAAUUGCUUGAAGAAAAGGCAGAUUCAGGGAGUCGUGUGACCCGUGUAAUCAAACAUCCUUUAUUCAGACCGUUCAACGCUAAACAAGCAGAAGAGUACUUGGGCAGUCAGAAUCGUGGCGAUGUUGUCAUACGACCCUCUUCUAAAGGAAACGACCAUCUGGCAGUGACAUGGAAAGUGGCUGAUGGUAUUUUCCAACACAUUGAUGUCUUGGAACUUGAUAAAGAGAACGAAUUCUCACUGGGUAGGACCCUGAGAAUUGGUGGUCGCUACAACUAUUCAGACUUGGACGAACUAAUCGUUUCGCAUGUCAAAGCCAUGGCUCGGAAAGUGGACGAGAUGUGUGGCAAUGAGAAGUUCCAGAACAAGUCCAAGGCUCAACUCGAGGAGUGGCUGACUACCUAUACCAACGCCAACCCUAAACGAUCCAUGUACCAGUUUUGCAUCAACAGGGAGCGGCCAGGACAGUUUCACCUGGUAUUCAAGGCAGGACAAAAGGCCAAACUUAUGGAUUGGAGCGUACGAGUCAUUCCGCAAGGUUUUGAACUCAUGAAGACGCCAUACCCUACCAUGAGAGAUUUGUGCAACGGCUUCAAGUUGAUCUUCCAGAACAUGCAGAAUUCGGCGAGUCUAAUGCCCAGGAGAUAA